ACAGCUGACCGGGUGUGUGUGUCCGCUCACGUGACCGUGUCACCUGUAUAUGACCGCCGUCACGUGGCCGUGUCACCUGUGCGCGAGCCGGGCGUCACAGGGACGGCUGCGGCGGCCGGCCGGCGGGUCAGUGGGCGGCCUUGGUGGCCGGCGAGCUGUCUGAACGGUCGGCCGGCCGCCGUCCGACGGCUCGCCGGUCCCGGCGGCCGUCAGUUGUGCUGGUGCCGCCGCCGCGCGCACACCGGCCGGCCUCUGACCGGCGCAGUCGCCCGCUCCCGACUCGAUCGGCGAAAGUGAGAGCAGACCGACCGACUGUCGGCCGCCGCGAGUCGAGCGACUCCAGCCAGCCACUUUCACGUGUUGCGCGACCUUGUGCAGUGUGGUGAUCCGAGGCCGUGACCGCUCGUGAUCAGGUGAUCUAGCCCGGGCGAAGAGCGAGUCCGACCCGAGCGCGGUGGUCGCCGUGAAGCAGCUGUGAUCGGUCUGUGCUCCACCCCCGUGCAGUGUGUGACCAAGUAGCGCCCGCUGGUGCCCCGCCGAGCCCGGUUGGAGCCGCGCGCUGCGUGCUAUGGCCAGCUGACCCGGGAUGACGACCAAGGCGCCGCAGAGGCUGCGCCAUGGACCCGUCAUCCGGCCCGUCCAGUUUCUGCUGCCCACUCCGAUCAGUGUCAGCCACCACGAGGCGUCCAAGCCGCGCAGUCCACACGAUCGGCCAGCGUCUCACGGCGGCAAGGGCCGGCCGCCGAGCGCCACACCCAGCCAGAGCAGCCGUGACGAUCGUCGGACCAAGAGCGGCUCAUCGUCCGCAGGGGGAGGACCGCCGGCCGCCGCGCCGCCGACCAGCAAGGUGAAACAUCAGGAUAAAAAGUCCACCGACAGACGCUCGACUGGCGACAAGAAGCCGGUGCACAAGCCACGCAGCGACUUCGAGAAUCUGUUCGGCCAGCCGAUCAAGAAGACCAGUCAUGUUUCUCCGCCUGACUCGAAGAAGGGUCGUCCCCCUUCGGCAGCCUCAGCCGCGUCAGGGUCUUCCGCCGCCCGGCCGGGGUCAACUGAUGCGGCCGGGAGUAAGGAGAGGUCAUCUCACAGCGCCGAAAGGCGUGAUAAGAACCACCGGGACGGAGAUCGGGAGAAGGAGAAGAAGGAUAAGAGUAGAGAGAAGAAGCACCGAGACAAGGAGGAGAGGCAUAAACACCGAGAGGAGAAACAUCGCGCUAAGGAGGCGAAGGAGAAGGAGAGGGAAAGAGAAAAAGAUCGAGAGAAGGAGAAAGAAAAAGACAGGGAGAAGGAGAAAGAAAAAGAGAGAGAAAGAGAAAAGGAGAGGGAGAAGGCAAAAGAGAAACAUCGUCUGAAGAAAGAGAAAGAGAAGCGCGCGGAGGAGGCGAAGGAGAAGGAGCGACUUGAGCGAGAAAAGCAGAAGGCGUUAGAGAAAGAGAAGGCAGAGCGGGAGCGCAUUGAGAAGGAGAAGGCGGCUGAGAAGGAAAGAAUCGAGAAAGAGAAAGCCCUGGAGCGUGAGAAGGCAGAAAAGGAGAAAGCACUCGAAAGAGAGAAAGAGAAGGAAGCGGCGCGCUUGGAGAAGGAAAAGCAGGCCAGGGAGAAGGAGCAGGUCCUGAAGGAAGCCAAGCUGAAGGAGCAGAAGGCACAGGAGCUGCGGGCGGCCAAAGCAAAAGAGCGCAGCGCCAAGAAGGCCGCCAAACGAUCCCGCUCUCCGUCGGAGGAGUCGACAAAGAAGAUAAAGUUGGAGAACGGCAAGGCCGAGGUCAAGAAGGAGCGUGACGAGAGUAAGAAGCACCGGCCGCUGGAGAAGACGACGUCGUCCAGCUCUGUCUCCAGCAAGGGCAAGUCGCCGGACGGCCACGGCGCCAAGGUUAAAACGCCCGAGUCCCACAGCACCAAGGCGAAGGAGAGGCCAUCCAAGGAGGAGCGGCAUCGAGCCAAGGCCAGCGCCAAAGAGGCCGCCAAGGCUCGCGACGAGAAGAAGCGCGCCAGCGGCGACGGCGAGGAGCGCAAACAGCCGACGCCGGUUCGCUCGGCCGAGCCGCCCGCGCCGGUCAAGACCGAGGUGCGCGCCUCGCCGGCGUCCGAGACGCGUGGCCGCCCCGCCGACGCCGCCCGGCACAAAGCUGCCAAAAAGCGAAAGCGCGAGCACUCGUCCCCGGCCUCCAAGACACGGGAGGAGCCUGCUCGUCAGCGCGCGGCGGCGGCGGCCCCUGCCGGUCCGGCGUCUCCGGCUGGGCCGCGCUCGCCCUCGCCUGAGCGGCCGGCGUCCACCGCCUCUGCUCGCAGCUCCUCGCCGCCGGCAGGGAAGUCGCACCCGCUCCGCCAGCUGAUGAACGAGGUGGCUGGGUCGUCCCCGAGCGGCGACUCGUCCAGUGACAGUGACGACGAACUGGAGACCCCUUCCCUGGUCAGCAAACGGUCAGGCGGCCCGAGCCCGCGGCCGAGCGCCAGGCCGCAGCCCGUGCCGGCCGAGGCACCGGCGGCGGCCGAGCCGGCGCAGACCGCCACCCCGGUCAAAUCGGAGCGUCCCGACCUGUCCAUCUACACGGCCGAGUACCUGGCCGAGCUGCAGGAGCUGCAGCGUCGCAUUAUGACGUCACAGGAUCGUGACGAGCUGAGCCGCGUGUUCGAUUUGAUCUGGGAGACGGGGCAGGUAGAGGACAGUGCCAAUUCGUACGAUUUCGACCUGUGUGCGCUGGACCAGUCGGUGGUGCGUAAACUGCAGCAGUGUCUCCUCAUGGUGUAGGCGGCGCGGCGCGCUGCCGUCGGUGGGAGUAUCGAUCUCGACGGGGGCCGCGCGGCGUCGGCAGUGUACAUAGCCAGCUGGUGUCAUCUGUGAUCCCGUUUUAUUGUGAGAGUUUAUCAGGCUGGUGCGGACAGGUACCAAGUGCCGAAGUCGGGCCAUAUUGGGCGCGUUGUUAGCGCUCGCCAGAGGUCAGCCCUGUCCCGGGAGCGGUGUUUGCCGGCCGAUGUCGGCCGUCUUAUGAGGUGAUGUUGUGGUGUGCUGCCGCUGCUGCAGAUUCUGCUGAUAUUUUGACGUGUUGAUGUGACUUUAUGGACAUUAGCUAAUAUGUUUGACUAUGAUUUGCGUGUGGCUAGCACUGAUCGCCCAGCCGCGGAUCUGAUUUGAUCUUUCGGGGAGGCGUUGAUAAUCAACAUAGCCCGCCGCCAUGCGAUCUGAGCGAGUUGAGGCCCGCUUUAUUCUGCCGGCUGUAACUGUUACAUGAGAUCGUUACUUCUGGUCAAUGGAUUGGCCGCCUUCCAAGUUGAUGCACUCGUUAAAACAUCCCUACCGAUUCUUUGCCAGUGCCCGGUAAGACGGUUAUUUGUCCGUCAUUUGUCUUUCAUUCAGCCGUUAAAUCUCUUCGCUGUUGGUGGGCUCGUGCCAUUUUCAUUGUCUGCUGAUCCCGUUGAUUUGGUGUUAUGGAACACGCCUGUCGCGCGCUGCUCGUUCUGUUGCACAGUUCGUUAGGAUUCUUCUUUUGAGCUCAGCACUCCAUGGAGCGGUCAUUGUGCAAUGUCAGAUGCAAUCGCAUCAGACCGGGUCGCCUUUCCAGAAGUGCGUCAGGAUCGCAAAUUGGCUGUUCAGGAGAAUCAUACAGUUCAAAAUAUAGGGUUUGGGAUUGGGUGCGGCGAACACCUGUGAAUGUACUUUGCCAGUCAGACUGUGAGGCCGUGCUCAGUUCAAAUCGCUCAGUUCAACCCCUCACAUCCCGACCCUGAGGGCAAAAGCGAGACUGAUCUCGUCGCCUUUGAGACGAUCCGUUAUGGUGGGUGCAUCCCAAUGUGUGUCCCGUGUUUGUAAUGUGUGCGUGUGUAAAUGUUUGUGUAAGCUGGCAGGCGUGAGCUUGUCAGAUAGUGUACGUAUAUCCCACAUUGUUGGUCCAUGCCCUAUCACGGAUGCAAUCACACCAAUACAUGGUCGAUCGGUG